UACAGUCACAAUGAACAACAACAUCCAACUGUAAUAAAUCAGAAAUGAUCAAGAUUAAAUUCAACUACUAGACUACUUUAUUUAGAAAUGUUAGAAAUGGUAUUAUGCAACAAAAAUCCGAUAUAAUUUAUGCUGUAACACUUCAUAUCAAUCAUUUUUGUAGAAUAUAAUAUUCAAUUACGGACGUCAUCGUAUGAAGGAUAUGUGUAGAUAAGAUCCAUACUGGUUAAGGAAGUACUUUGUGAAACACUGUCAACAUUGCAUACUGAAAGACAGCGAAAGACAAAUGACAUAGAAAUGGCCGCAAAAAACCAAAACCCAGCUGAAGAGAUUGUUCGCAGAGUAAUUGGGCUUUUGUUACAGCAUGCAGAGCCCUUGACCGUGUCCACUAUCCAUCAGCACUUCUCCAGAGUCAUGAAGAAGAAACAGUUUGAAAAAAUUCUGAGAGGAUACCCUGAUCAUUUUGAAAUAUUAGACGAUGGAUGUUCCACCGUAAAACUGGUAACAUCGCUCAACUACUGCAAGAUGCACUGCUCAAAGAAUUCAAACUGCCCCGGUCAUGUUCCUUAUUGCACAGGCCUACACAUAUGCAAGUUUUAUAUGAGCUCAAAGUGCAAGUUCAAGCAAUGUCACUUUGGGCAUGAUCUCACAACAUCUCAUAACAUGAGUGUCUUGAAGGAACAUCUGGUAGAUGGUCUGCCUGUCCCACUUAUUCAGAAAAUUGCAGAGCGGCCCAUACCUAGAAUUUGCAAGUUCUACAACGUCGAAGCUGGUUGUCGGAACAAUGUUAAGAGCAGACAGUGUCCUAAUCUUCAUCUAUGCAAGCACUAUGUGGUGAAUGCUUGCAAGUUUGGAAAGAUGUGCAAAAGGAGCCAUAACCUUACCGAUCAGGGGAUUUUGUCUAUUCUUGAGAAAUAUGGCAUAGAAACCAAGAGAACACCCAAGGAAAUUCUGGCUGAUCUCAAGGACUUGUUCCAGGAUGAUGAUGGAAGUGAUUCUGAAAGCGCUGAAUCAGCACCAGAAAGCCUGUCUUCAAGGACAAAGCUCGCAAGUGUCAACAGAUCGAGACAUUUGUCAGAGCACGACCAAAGUCAAUCAUUCCAUGGAAGUCUUCUUGGACCAGGUCCACAGAUUGGUGUUCCGUUUGCCGGUGCUCGACCAAAGACCAGUCCAUUAAAGGCGGUGCGCUUAGAUCAGAGUGGAGUUCAUGUUUUACCAGAGCAGUUUAGUCAAAUGAAGGUCGCAGUCCCUGUGGCGAGAUCUGCACGAGGAGUCAGCCCAUCAAGAGGAGCUGGGCAAAGGUCUCGAUCCAGAAGCAGGGCAGAGAAGUCACAAGAAACCAUGAAAGACAUUUCCCAGAAAUAUGUCUGCAUAUAUAAUUUAGUAGGCAAAUGCUCUUACGGGGCCCGUUGUUUUAACUACCACUGUGAGCUGCCUUAUCAGUGGAUGUUCAGAGCAAAAGGGUCAGAAGACUGGAUUGAAGUUCAGCCAGCAGAAAACUUGCUUAUGGAGCUGAAUUACUCGGACCCUUCUAAGGAGGACUAUUUUAUUAUGGUCAGUGGAAGAUCCAUAAAGCUUGACUAUUCAACAAUGACCACCAUUGGUGACCAUGUUCUGAUGUUCCAUCGGUUGUCAACGAACACCUCGAUUGUCAUGGAUACUCAGCCCUUAGCAACCAAGUGGAUAUGGUAUUGGAAGAAUCAAGUUGGAUCUUGGUCAAAAUAUGGCGAUGAAGACCAUGGGUAUAAAUCAUCGCUUUGUAGCCAUGAGAUAGAGCAAGCCUUCAUCAACAACCCAGAGGGCCAACUGGAGUUUAGUACGGCCGGACAUAACUAUGUUCUUAAUUUCCAAGAAAUGGUGCAGAGUAACCUGCAUUACAAAACAAAGAGAGCAAUCAGGCGACGGCCAGAAUUUGUUGAUGAGAAAGAAUUUGAAAUGAGGAAAAAGCAAGGAAAAAGUCAACCCAUGCCUGGUAUAGGUCCAGCAGGUGCUGCUGUCGACAUUCCCAGACCCCCAGCAGCCUGGAGUCUCCGUGUCUCUGAUGAUCUCAUCAAUCACUAUCGAAUCAUCCAGUUGGAUAAGAAGAACCCUGCAAUGCGACAGGAGUACCAAGAGAUAGAAGAUUUAUUUUGUAAGCAUCUCCCCAGCACAGUCACCAUCAAGUCGAUUGAGAGGGUGGAAAAUGGGGAGCUCUGGCACAGCUAUGAAAGCAAGAAAAUUAAGAUGCGCAAGAAGAAUAGCAACCAAGAUGUCAAGGAAGAACGAUUGUUCCAUGGAACCAAGGGCGAAAUUGUGGAAGCUAUAUUUAGACAAGGAUUUGAUUUCCGUUUGAGUGGGAAAGAGUCAGGUGCCAUUCACGGUAAAGGAAGUUAUUUUUCCAACUCUUCGGAGUAUUCAAACCAUUACACAGACUUAGGUCAAAACACCAAAAUGAUGUUUGUCGCAAAAGUGCUUAUCGGAGAGUAUGCCAAGGGAGACAAAUCUUACACUCGACCACCGCCGAAAGACCCAAGCAAUCGGACGAGCCCGUUGUAUGAUUCAUGCGUAGAUAGUGUUAAAACGCCGAAGAUUUUUGUCAUUUUUCAGCUUGAUCAGGUUUAUCCAGAAUACUUAAUUAAAUAUGAAUACAUGUAUGACAUCCAAGUGUAAAAAUAUUUACUCAAAUUAGUCUAAAAAUUAGUAAAUUGCAGACCCAACUAUUAUGGUUACGUUUGAGAUGCACACAUUUAAGUUUUAACCCAUUUAUGCCUUGUGGACUCUCCCAUUCUUCUACAUUGGAUCAAUUUAUUUCGAAAAUUAGGGAUGCCUAGUAUAUUUAUUUCUAUAUUUAGAAUAUUUCUUACAGAAAUUCCUUUAAGCAAACAGGGUAGACCCAGAUGAGGCGCCGCAUCAUGCCAAGGCCUUCUUUCUAGACAUUAGGCAUAAAUUGGUUAAUGUCAGAAGAUAGUUACCUUCAAUGACUUUAGAAAUAAACCAAUUGAUUUCUGUAGAUUAAUAAGCCCAACUUUCCUACCAUUGAGUUAUUAAAUGGUACUUAAAUUGAAUGCGUUUUAAUUCCCUUUUAUUAUUGUUUGAGUUGCAAUGCUGUGAGGAUAACUUUUAUUUACACUUAUAUGUAUCAUGAAUAUUGCUGGGCCAAGUGUGAGGUUGAGCACUCUAAAACUGGUUUGAUCUCCCAAUGCUUUGCAUUGACCGUUUCAAGGCGGUAAACCCAGCUUUAUUCUUAUAUGUGUCUAUGUUGUUUUGUAUUGUACUGUUUUGGCAAUUGGUCACUUGCCUUAAAUAAACAACCAACUAAUUGUAUAUAAUGAGAAUGUAAUACUGCUCCAGCAGCUGGAGUUUAACUUCUUUUUAUUAAUCAUUAUUUUAUUUGGAUACAUUGAAAGUCUGUAAAGGUUUCAUUUUUGGUUGUGAUUAGGUAGUUUGUAAAAGAUAAAGUAUGAAAUAUGAAACUGAACUUAGAGUUUUCUGCUUUCUAAAUCUUCAAAAAAAGAUACUUUCUGUUCAUAUCUGGUUCAUACACAUGUAUCUAAUCUUAUUUCAUUAUUAAAGGCCAAUUUAGUUCCGGGCCUAGCCUACUGAUUUUGAGAAGUAUUAUCGCUUAAAUAGCUGAUUGGGAAAUUAACAAAUCUGGUGUCAAUUUUGAUAUGGGGGAAAUCAUCAUGAUUUUUGAAAGUUUUCUUUUAGAAUACGUCUUUAAUCAGCUUGUGUUGGUCUUGUUCAGUUUAUAUAUUUUCCCAACUGUGAAUGUUUAUAGCAACACCUUUUGUCAUUCUGGUCGGGAACAUCUGCUUAUAUGCUCCAUAGCUCAUCUUGCUAUUUUCGGAGAAAACCCGAGGUAUUGUCAUAGCCAGCUCAUCGUCCGCCGUCUGACGUCUGCCGUCCAAGUCGUGCUAAAACCUUAACAUUUUGUAAAGGUUUUAUACAUUGGCUCUAAAAUCAAAGUGCUUCAACCUACAACUUUGAAACUUCAUAUGUAGCUGCACUUUGAUGAGUUCUACAUGCCACACCCAUUUUUGGGUCACUAGGUCAAAGGUCAAGGUCACUGUGACCUCUAAAAAAAAAUAAAAAAAAUUCUGACAAGCUUUCAUUUAUUCAAAACUGCACCCGCCGCCGAGCGUGGAACCCGUUAUGCGGUGCUCUUGUUUUAACCUUCGUUUGCAUGUGAUUUUGUCGUUUCCACUUCAUGCAAGUAUUGCCAUUAUCGUUUCUGAAUUUUACUACACUUUUUGCGCUCCAAUCUAUUGCUUAUUGAUAACAUGGACUGCAUACAAAAGUAGUCCGGCGAGCUGAAGGUCCAUGUCCCUUAAACAGAAAAAAAUGAUCGCAUAUAUUUCCUAGAUGGAGUAUAUAUCCUGUGCGUAUUUAGGGACUUUUCUGAUUGAAAUAGCAGAAUUAUUUUUCUGUAACAGCACUUCACGGUCAAGGUCAAAGUAUAACAGGAAUUUUAUAUAGCAGUAUAGUUUAGCCAGACGUAACAUUUUUUAAAAGGCCUGAAAUGGGGGAAGGAGGCCUAAAAAAUGACUGAGUGACUUUUUGUGUGAAACUUUGUCAGAUGGUUAAUUGUGAACAUUGUAAGUGAUGUAAUGUGCAGUUUCCAAAUAAGUACUGAUAUUCAAGCAUCCAUUUAGCUGAUAUUUUAUAUAGUGUGUUCUAUGUUCGAAAUAAUUGUAUGUUAAUAUAACCGGUUAUACUGAAUCUAUCGUUGAACCAUGAAAAGUCCACCGUAACUGACGGACUUGAGAAAACAUACAUUUAAAUUUAAUAAUUCCUUCUCCUAUGAUGAGCACAGUGGAAGUGUUUUAUGAAAACUUUAUGUGCUGUGAAACACAAAUGGGUCAAAAUGCUGCUGAAAUUAAGACAUAACUUCUGUAACAACCUUUUGUUGUCAUCUUUGUAAGUAGUCGCACUACUAUGUAAGUGUGGGCCAUGAAAGCCCUUUUGUCUAAUGUUUUAUUAUUUUUAAUAUUUAUGUUUUUACAUUUUCUUUAUAAUUUAGGUGCUUAAACGUAUUUUAGUACACUACUUAAUUGUGCCAUAAAGACAAAAUGUAUAAGUGCUUAAGGCAUUUUAUAAUUUGUUUGCAUGUAUAUGCUUUGUUUCUAGACAUGUUUUGUAUUGCUUUGUUACAGCCUUAUGAAUGAUUUUGCCAUAUUUAAAUUAGUAUUGCACGUUUCAUGGAUUCGUAUUUAAUGUUUGCCCAUCUCUUUGUUUCGCUGCCCAUAGACGCUUGCAUUCUUCGGUCAACUAUGUUUAAACAACUUUUUCACGAGGUUUUGUUUUAAUACAAUUUUUUUAGUACUGUAGAGCCAGAAUUUAUGAAGGAAUCUUGAAACUUUUUCUGAUUGUUUAUAUAUUAGCAAUAUGUAGACCAAGUUCAAAUCUGGUUCAAGUGGGGUAAAAAAAUGGUCAACGCCUAAAUCUAAAAUCUGAAUGUUGUUUAUUACUUGGUGAAACUUUGUCUUGACAAUAUCUAGGCUAUUUUAGAUUCUGGUUCAAGUGGGCACAAAACGAGGUAAC